AUGAAGAAAGCGUAUGAAUUGUCGGUUUUAUGCGACUGUGAGAUCGCAUUAAUUAUCUUUAAUUCAACGAAUAAAUUAUUUCAAUAUGCAUCAACUGAUAUGGAUAAAGUUUUAUUAAAAUAUACAGAAUAUAAUGAGCCACAUGAAAGUCGGACUAAUUCGGAUAUUAUGGAUGCACUACAGCGUAAAGAAAAUAAAUCAAAUAGUGGUAUAAAUGAUUCGGAUGAUGAUUCGCCACCACCGCCACCAAGUCAAGCGACACGACCUAGUAUUAUUGCCAAUGGUACUAUUUCUAGUAAUAGUAACUCGGUUGCAGCUGUUAGCACCGCAACAACAGCGAAUAGUGAUGAUUUUAAUGGCAUCACCCAGCAAAUAUUCAAUCAUCCGAAUGCUUUCGUACCACAUCACCAUCAUCAUCAGCAGCAACAACAUAUAAAUGCGUAUAAUGCAUCAACAAGAAAUUCUUCAUUAGUUUCAGCUGUAGCUUCAGCUCGAUCUCAAUCUAUAAACGAUAAUUCGAAAGCAUCACAGCUAGAUUUUGCAUCUACAAGUGCUUUUGCUGAUUUCAGUAAUUGUUCAACAGCAAAUUCUGCGACAAAUAUUAAUGACGAACAGCAACAACAAGGGAUAGUACAACGAAUAUCUGCUACUCAUGAGACACUUGUAAAUAAACGACUUGAGCGACAAACUGCAGUAGCAGCAGCUGCAGUUGUCGCAGCUACAGCAGUCGCCGCGCAACAACAACAACAGCAGUUACAAUCAUUAUUGAAUGAUUCACAUAAUAAUGUAUCACAAAAUUCAUCAGUGAAUACAGCUGGAUCAUGGAUUGAUUCGUUACAUCAUCAUCAUCAUCAUCACCAUCAUCAUCAUCAGCAACAGCAACAACAACAACAACAGCAACAACAACAACAACAGCAUAAGUCAUUUGUGAAGAUUGAGCCGAAUUCUCCAGCUGAAAAACGACCUCGAACUGAUGAUUGGCGAGCGCAACAAUCUAUUACUUAA